AUGCAGUUCUCUGCUGUGAUACGCAGCGGGGAGGCGCCAACCUCCACGGCGCCGUUGGACGACUAUCCAGAUGUCGACUCGGGGUCCUGUCAACUCUUGGGUCCGACCGCCCUUGUUGUACAAGGGCUGCUAGGAAUCCUCGUUCUACUGUCGUUGGUGUACAAGAGGUAUAGAGAGAAACCAAGAAGACCUUGGCGGAUAUGGCUUUUCGAUGUAUCCAAACAAGUCGUGGGCCAGAUGUUCGUCCACGGUGUCAACGUCCUCAUCUCUGGAGUUAUUUCCGAGCUGACCGAUCGAAACGCCUGUGUCUUCUAUUUCCUCAAUAUCGGCAUAGACACGACUCUUGGUGUUGGUAUCAUCUAUGGAUCCCUCCGCGUGUUCAAUUUCAUCCUAUCGGAAAGGCUGGGCCUCAAGGGGUUCGAGUCUGGCGUCUAUGGAGACCCGCCGUCCCUCAGUUUCUGGACGCGCCAGACCGCAACAUACCUUGGUGCCCUUCUCGUCAUGAAGAUCGUCGUCAUUGGCAUGUUUGUAUUCAUCCCAGGGGUAUUUACGCUCGGCGAAUGGAUGCUCAGUUGGACACAUACGGGUAAUGGAGACGCCCUUCAAGUUAUCUUCGUUAUGGGACUUUUCCCUAUUGUCAUGAACAUCCUUCAAUUCUGGCUCAUCGACUCCAUUGUCAAAGCGUCCUCUUCCGAACCAUCUGUCUCUCUCGAACCAGACACUGCAGAUCCCUACCUCCAGGACCGACAGCCACUAUUCGACGCCUCGGACGAUGAAGAAGACGAUCGACGAGGACCUCGCGACCUCGAGAACCAACUUGCUCCUCACCCGUCUCGAUCGACACUCGUUAGCUCCUACGAAACUGAAGCUACUCUAGACGUCGAUGAGACCUUCCAAGGGAAAGACGUGCCUAUCAAACCCGAGCGCAAACAUUCUUACCCACCUAGUUUGACGGGGAGUUUGGGUUCGACCUCUGGCGGCUCAGUUCGGGAAGCCAAGAAUCUGCUCAAGGCUGGGCGCAGAAAGGUAUCGCCUUCGUCGCCCCAAGUGUUACAUCACCAAGGAACAACGACGACCACGCUGGACUCUCAAACUCCAACGGCCGCCCAUCAAAACAAUAAUGAUGACUGGGCCAUUUCUUGGGACGAUGAGGGCGGGGCUGACGUCUGGAACGAGGAGAACAAGCCGAACGAUGUGAAAGCGCAGGAGCAUGACCGGAAUACUGGGUCUGCCGGCCAGCCUUCGCAUACUAGAGCCAGGAGACUCUCUUGA